UUUUUUCUUCUUUUCUUUUUUACCAAACACUCCCCUUUUUUUUUUCCUCAUGACACCGUCUUUACUUCUUGACUUGACAAGGUUAGCAACCAAUGAAACUAAUGGUGGAACUCAAGAUCCUAUUGGUACUCCUAAUCUUACUUGGUUAAAUGUGGCUAUUGCUGGUUGUUUUAUUUUGUUCAAUUGUGGAGUUUCUCUUUUUUUGGAAUUAAAACUUGAAAAGUCAUUAAUCAUUGCAGCUGUUCGAUGUUUAGUUCAACUGACUAUCAUGGGAUAUAUCUUGGAAGAUGUAUUCAAAGCAAAUAAUCCUUUGAUAGUAUUGGGAAUGACUAUAGUAUUGAUUCUUCUUGGUGCUUAUGAAACAGUUUAUAAUAAAUCAAAACAAUCCUAUAGUGGCAUGUUUUUAUCAGUAUUGAUGUCUACAGCAUGUUCGGUUUUAUUGGUUGGUAUUAUUGGUACAAAAUGGGCCAUGGAUGAAACACCUUUUUGGGCACCUCAAACAUUUAUCCCCACCAUGGGUAUGCUCUUGGGCAAUUUAUUAAGUGGUAUGGCGGUGGCACUCAGUAGUUGUUUAAGUAGUGUGAGUAGCAAUAAGGAACAAAUGGAAACUUAUCUAGCAUUUGGAGCAAGUCGAUGGGAAGCCGGACAAUCUAUAGCAGUGGAAGCAGUUCGAUUGGCCAUGUUACCUACCAUCAAUCAAAUGUCUGUGAUUGGUCUGAUCUCGAUUCCUGGGAUGAUGAGUGGGUCUAUCUUGGGAGGUGCGCCUAUUAUGAAUGCCGUACGAUAUCAACAAAUCAUCAUGUUUAUGAUCUCGGCAGCCACAGCUUUAGGUGUCUUGGGUGCAGUUGUGUUUUGUAUUCAGGUCAUGAUAGAUGGUCGUGAUCGUCUUCGUCCGGAAAGAAUCAUUCAUGGUCGUCCUAGUCUUUGGAAGGAUGUGAAACAAUUAUUGAUGAAUGCUUAUCGUGGUCUUCGUUAUCUGUUUUGUAUGUGUCGAAAACAAAAGACAGUGGAUGAUCAUUGGAGUGGACAAGAUCAUUUUGAUGAUGGUGAACAACGACAACCUUUAUUACAUUAGUUUUUUUUGAUUCCCCCUCCUCUUUCUCUCUUUUUAUAUAUAUAUAUAUAUUUUUGUUACAUUAUGCAUUUUUUUUCCCCCCAUCAUACCUUAGACUUUUCGUUGUUUAAAAAAUAAAUCUGCCAAAAUAUAAUUUUGAACAAAAAAUUUUUUUUUCUUUCAUAUUU